AGUAGAGUAUACGCAAAUCGUACCAUUAGCUCGUAGAGAUAGAGAAAUUGUUUUCGGACCUCGCCAUAAAAGAUUUAUUUUUAUUAAUUAAAAAAUUGUGGUUAGGCUUUGUUUGUCCACAUUAUUACGUAAUCAUUCACUCCCAUUUCUCCAUUACUCAAAUCACAACUCUUUCAUUUUCCUCAUGGCUGAGCAACCAAACACCACCUUAACUCCACCAUCUAAUCUCCAAACUCGGCCGGCCGGAGCCACCGAGUACAGCUGGUGCAGGGCGGUUCCCGGCGGUACCGGUAUAACCGUCUUAGCUCUCCUUUUAUCAAAAUCACCAAACAUUUCAGUUCUCCAAAAUGCCCUCAACAAACUCCUAAAUUCCAAUCCUAUCCUCAAAUCUCAGCUCCAUUACUCAUCAACAACCAAUUCCUACUCUUACACCAUUCCCUCCAACUCUCAUCUUCAAAUCCAGCCGUUCGAUCUUUCAUCAACGGCUCAGAUCCUCCGAACACUAAACAAUAAUAAUAAUCUCAUCAACGAAACUGAUUUCCAUCUGAUCCUCGAACACGAGAUGAACCAAAAUUCCUGGUCAGAAACAUCAUCAAACUUCAUCAGUAACGUCUUCUUCGCGAGCACUUAUCAACUGAACGAGUCUAGCUCGGUCCUUACACUGCGCAUACACACGUCAGUGUGUGAUCGGGCAGCGGCAUUAGCAGUGUUGAGGAAGUUGUUGGAGCUGACGAUGAUGAGCGAGGAGGAAAAUGAAGGAGGAGGGACAAAAUUGGAAUUAUUGAAAAAGAUGGAGGUUGGUUUGGGAAUUGAAGAGUAUAUACCAGCUGGUAAAGCGAAUAAGCCAUUUUGGGCACGUGGGAUAGAUAUGGUGGGGUAUGGUUUGAAUUCAUUGAGAUUUUCGAAUUUGAAGUUUAUGGAUUCUGAAUCGACACGAGGAUCACAAGUUGUUAAAUUGGAGUUGAAUAAAGAAGAUACAGAUCGCGUCCUCGAUGGCUGCAAAACAAGAGGUAUAAAACUGUGUGGGCUGUUAGCUGCUGCUGGAUUAAUUGCAGCUCAUUCCUCGAAAGGCUUAAAUGAGAAUCAAUGGGAGAAGUAUGCAAUUGUAACCCUUAUUAACUGCCGUUCGAUUCUUGAUCCAGUGCUUAGCCCUGAUUUUCCAGGAUUUUAUCAUUCUGCUAUCCUCAAUACACACGACGUUAAGGGAGGAGAUGAUUUAUGGGAGCUAGCAAAGAGAUGUUACACGUCUUUUAUCAACGCCAAGAACAACAACAAGCAUUUCUCAGACAUGGGAGACCUGAAUUUCCUCAUGUGCAAGGCCAUUGACAAUCCCGGCUUAACGCCAUCCUCUUCACUAAGGACUUCUCUGAUAUCCGUGUUUGAAGACCCUGUGAUCGAUACCACCAGCAUAUUACAUCAAGAAAUCGGAUUAGAAGACUUCAUCGGGUGUGCAUCCGUGCACGGGGUAGGUCCUUCUAUUGCCAUAUUCGAUACGAUUAGAGACGGACAGUUGGAUUGUGCAUGUGUUUAUCCCUUCCCCUUGCAUACUAGGGAACAAAUGCAGGAGCUCAUUGGUGAAAUGAAAAGAAUCCUUGUUGACUAAAACAAGCACUAUGUUCUCCUAUUUGAUCAUGUUCAAUGAAAAUGCAAUUAAGUGUCCUGUAAAAACAGUUUGUCUUUUUUUUUUUUUUUUUACAUCUAAGCUUCCUGUAAAAACUGAGUUUAUCAACUCCAAAUUGAAGUUUGUGGGGCCAUCGACAAUGUAACGAAAUUUUACAUCA